UUUGAAGAAUCUGCAAACUUUAUCAGACAGGUGUGGCUCUGCUGCUGCUCAGGCGAACACUGGAGGGGGGAGAGAACACCGAGCCGCUGCGUUAGUAUCCGCCUGCGGUACAUUACAUGUCCGCCGCAGUUUCACAGGAAGGAAAACAUUGAACAGCCCGCUGCAGUGGGACACGAUGGCGUCGCCCGGGGUGAACCUGUACAACCAGUUCCAGAGUCUCAGGGAGCAGGUGGACGGUCUGAAUGAGGGCAUUGAACCACAGUUCCUUCAGAUGGCAAUGAAUUUUGAGGAGUCCCGUAAGAAGUGGCUGCGGGCGGGCGAGGAGCUGGUGUCCUGUAAAGAGAUGCUGGCUAAAGCGGAGACGGAGAGGGGAGCCCUGGAGGUCAAACUGAAACACGCUCGCAACCAGGUGGACGUGGAGAUCCGCCGCCGGCAGAAUGCUGAGACGGUCUACGAGAAGCUGGAACGUCAGCUACAGCUGAUCCGUGAGCUGCUGAUUUCAGAGAACAACGGCAACAGUGUCCACCUGAGCGAGGAGCAGCGCUCUGCCCUGGCCUUCCUCAGUGCCCACUCCCAGGCAGCACAAGGCAACCUCAACUCUAGCCGAAGGUUAACUACCAUCGAUGAAUCGGCUUCUAUGCUGUCCGACAUUAGCUAUGACCAAACGGAUGACUCUCUGGAUUGGGAUUCUUCUGUGAUGAAGACUGUGAGACUUCGGAAACGACAGAAACGACGUUCUUCCAGAAAACUGGAAGUUCCUUCACAGACUGUAAAGAAACCUCGCUCCACUGGACGCACAUCCGACAGGAUGAAUGAGUCCAUCGUGGCCAAAACUACGAUCACUGUGCCUGUGAAUGGAGGUACUGUCGAGGCCGUCUCCACCAUUGAAACUGUGCCGUACUGGACACGCAGCAGGAAGAGUGCGUGGGCUGAUACAACCACUACUGACCAAUCUGAGACUGCCAGCGAGGCUCCCAGCACGCCAGUCUCAUAUUUACCAGCCCAACUCCAAACCCCCAAAGCCAAUAGAGGAGGAAAGAAACACCACUUCAUCCCCAAAACAGUGAUCAAGUCUGAAUUCUGUGUGCCAUGUGGAAGAAGAACAAAGUUUGGCAAGAUUUACCUCCGCUGUCAGGACUGCAGAGUUGUGACUCAUCCAGAAUGUCGUGAUCGCUGUCCCCUGCCCUGCAAUCCCACGGCUGUUAGCACUCCCAUCAAAAACACAGAGGUGACCCUGGCUGACUUUGCUCCAGUCACCUCCCCAAAGAUACCAACUUUGGUUACCUACUGCAUUAAGGAGAUUGAACACAGAGGCCUACAUGAGGUUGGCCUGUACAGACUCUCUGGCCACGAGCGCUUGGUCAAACAGCUGAAGGAGAAGUUGAUUAGAGGAAAGACUCUACCUCCGCUUAACAAAGUAGAAGACAUCAAUGUCAUUACAGGUGUCCUCAAAGACUUCCUCAGAAACCUCCCAGAGCCGCUGCUCACCUUCCACCUCAACAAAACCUUCAUGGAAGCAGCUGAAAUCCAGGACGACGGCAACAGUCUGGCCAUGGUGUUCCAGACCAUUAGUGAGCUGCCUCAACCCAACCGAGACACACUGGCCUGCCUGAUGAUUCACCUGCAGAAGGUGUCGCAGUGUGUGGAUACCAAAAUGGACGUGACCAACCUGGCCAGGGUCUUUGGCCCAACCCUCGUCGGUCAUGCUGUUGCCGACCCAGACCCUAUGACCAUCCUGCAGGACACAAGCAGACAACCAAGGGUGAUCGAGCGCCUGCUCAGUAUUCCAGCAAGCUACUGGAGCCAGUUUGCCUCUCCAGCUAAUACAGGCAUGGACAACGCUCAUCAGUUUGAUACUGCAGACCACAAAGUGAGCAUAUUGGGACCAGUGACCACUCCAGAGCACCAGAUGAUGGCUAAAACCCCUUCCUCCAGCUCGCUGUCUCAGCGCAUGAUGCAGACCCUCUCCAGCAGCACCAUAUUUGGGAGCAGAAGCAAAGCAACAACUGCCUCCAACCGUCAGGGGAACUUCUUCUCCUCCCCACAGCUGAAGUAAUGAAGGUGAAAAGAAAGAGAAGCUCACCCAUAUUUUAUUUUUGGUUUACUCGCCACAAUAACCAAAUUUAUAUUCACGUAAUAAUGUGGUUAAACUACUGUGCAAUUUUUAGCAUGCAAAAAAAAUAUUGGAUUUUUUUUUAUUGAAGUGUUUUAACCAAGACUUACAGCCAUAUAUUUUCACUUUGUUUGUUUUCAUAUCUUGUGAGUACUAAUGAUUUAUUAUUGAUCAAAACUGUGGUCAUUUGUGUGUGAUUGUAAGAGUUUUAACUCCUAACCAGGUUUAAGAAACUGUUCUAACCCAAUCCAAGGAUCAUUAUUUUCUAUUAACAUGUUGGCAUUGAUGUACCUAAGCGAUGUAGUCAUUGGUGUUUAUCCAUCUUUGAACCUGUGGUUGUCACCACAGCAACAGGGACGCACAAGCACGUAAGACACACAGCUGGAUUGGACAAAGAUAAGUUGUUUUAUUGGCCAGUGUCUUUUUGGCUUUGUUAGCCUUGUCAAUGUCUUGGAAACUGGCAUUGGAUUUAACAUUUUGUUUUAUAUUUAUGUUGAUUGUGUGGCAUGACAUAACUCAUGACUUAUAUACUUUAACAAUACUGUUAACACUGAUACUAAAUGGGAAUAAUGUUGCUUUUUGCACUGUAGGUAUGUAUAACAAUCUGAGGUUUUCUACCUGGGAAUACAAACCACUAGGGGCUGCUGCUGCACCACUUUUGAUAUGCAAAGCUCAACCAAAGAAGAGGAGCUACUGUAUUUAAUAAUUACUAAGAUUAUGCACAUCUUUUUAUCAUGAACAGAUCAUUAAAAAACACUGUUAAUUAUUGCUCUAUCUUACUGUAGGACAGUUUAGUCAAUACUUUCUAGGACAUUUCUCUCGAGAUCUGAGACUGUGUGGUCAUCACAGAAUAAAAUCUAGAGCUUCUAUUAUUUGUGAAUGUUAACAUAUUUGCAUACACUAACAGUUUGAAGUAUUUGAAUCCACAAUUGCUCUCUUUGUAUAAGUACAUCAAUUGUAAUGUACAACAAUCAUUCCUCUGAGAAAAUGUCACUAUUACAAACUCCAGAUUUUAGCGUGAGGACCACACUGGCUCAAGAUUUCAUUGUUUCAAGGGAAAUGUUUAUAUUGACUCAAUAUUUUCUCACUAAAACCAAAGCUAACAGUGUUUUGCGUGCCAGUAAGAAAUAUGCAUGGUUUUAUGUUAGACUUCUUUUUAACACCGCUCUGAUUUCAUAUAUAUUUUAUACAAUCAUCUAUGACACUGUUCCGCUCUCUAAUGAAAUGGUUCAGUCUAAGUGACUUUCAAGAUCUUAUGGACUGGAUGUUAAUGUGCAUCCCUUUGUCUUAGCUCAAAUGAGAUCACACAAGUCCAUGGUUGAGUUAAAAAUAAACCAUCAAAAGACUG